GUAGUUUCUAGGCUUGCAGAAAUUGCUCUUUCUAAUGCCUAUCAGGUGGAGCGCAAGCUACAGAUGCCUGCUCAGCUCCAGUCUUGCGUCAUGGAAAAGAGACAUGUAAAACAGGAGGUGAAAAGGCUGCUGGGAGAGUAUAUUGGCAUCAGACUUCGGGAAAAUGAAUUUGAUCCAAAAGGAAGACGUCAACUCACCUUUCUAGAUGAGAUGGCUCACUAUGACUUAGCCGUCAGUGUUGCUUGUCAGUGGCUACAUCCCUCAGAAGACUUAACUUGGCUCCAGUGGGAGAAACUGAAAGUGCCACUUCAUGGUAGACCCGUGUAUCCAAACCGAAGAGAUCGAGAAGCAGUGAUCUUAUCAUCUUACGCUGGGGUCUUAAUGAACAGUAUCCCAAUUGAAGAAGUUCUUAAAAUUUACGGGGCCUAUCCUUCUGCGAGUCCUGAUUCUACCAAGGCUCUGUUGCCCCGCCGCUCCUUGCACCCUUUUGCCAUGUUGACAGCACCCAACGCAGCAGAGUGCAACCACAGACAGAGUGUCAAGUUGAGGAGAGGAGCAAUGACUAAAAAAGCCUCCGGCGGCUCUACAAAGAAAGCAAUGGUCCAGAAUGGCAAUCUGGGAAAAGGUCGCUCGGAAAUGAGAACUAGUGUCAUGGAUGCCUAACAGAGGCUCUGGGAGCAGAAAGGAAGCUUCA